CAGUGGCCAUUACGUGUACGCCGACAUUUUGUAUAUUCAAUUUUCAUGCGUUUUAGUUUUACUUGAGAAUUAUAUAAGCGAUUCCUUAUUGCAUUUAAUAUUUGCAGCUAUUCUGGAGUACGCAUCGUGUUCAGUACACUUUAUAGAUUGCAAUCAUGAGUGACUUGCAACCUAAGAAAAUGAAAGUGGCUGAGUUGAGGGUUGAGUUGCAGUCGCGUGGUUUAGACACGAAAGGAACAAAGGCUGUUUUAGUAAAAAGAUUGGAGAAAUUCCUUGGUUCUUCUGCAGCUGCCAUGGCUGAGCAAGCUGACAGUUCAAUGAAUGAGUCUGGUGGCGAUGAUAUUGAUACAUCACAGGAGCUUGACGCUACACAGGAAGAAUCCUUUGUCAAUGUUUCGGCAUCGGAAGCAGAACCAGAAAAAGAAGUAGCGGACGAAGCCCCACCUAAAGGCGAGCCCGAGCCUGAGCCUGAGGCCGAGGCUCCACCCUCGGUGGUAGAGCCAGAAGCUCCCCUGGAGGUCGAGAAGGAGAUUGAGAAAGCUGAGCCCCUUGCUGCUGUAGAAAAAGAACCAGAACAGGAGGAGCCUGUGGAAGCCGAGGUGCAGGAAGAUGUGGCGGAUAAAAAAGAGGAACAGAGCGAAGUGGGGCAAAAAGAAGAACACCAACAGGAGGAGGUUGUGAAGAAGGAGGAGCAUGAGGCGGCACAAGAGGAGGUCGUAAAGCCGGGGCCAGUUGUUGAGGAGAAGGUGGAGAGUAUGGAGACAGAGGUUCAAGCUGAAAAGGAUACAGAAGAGGCACCAGCAGAAGUAGAAGAAGCAAAGGAGGAGGAAGAGUUUGUUGUGAAGGAGGAAAUAGGCGAGACAGGUGAUGAGAAUAUGGAGGCUGACCAAAAUGGGGAUGAAGUCACUUCACGUGGAUGGUUUACAGAGAAGGAUGUCGACGAAAAUCGCGUCAAUGAGCAUCAACAUGGAGAGAAACGCAAGCGGUCUCAUAGUCCGAGAGACCACCAGAAAGAGAAGGACCAUUACCAAGGCAAGACCGAAGAGAGUACCCCCGUGAAAGAGGAACCAGAAGAGGAAAUCGACCCAAACCUCGUUGUGCUUGACAAGUACAAUUCGGAUUUGAACCUAAAGAUAAACAAAGGCCGGUAUACUGCAGAAACACUUACCCUAGGAGGCUUUGGGCUCAUGUGGGGUGGAGCUAGAGGCACCUUUGGUGUGAGAAAAGGCAUGGUGGCAUUUGAAGUGAAGAUUACAGAGCAUCUGAAGGUAACUUUUGCUGAGGAGGAACAAGAUCCACAUGUUACUCGCAUUGGCUGGUCUUCGGAUGCGGCGUCAAUGCAGCUCGGUGAGGAAGCUUUCUCGUAUGGCUAUGGCGGAACUGGAAAAGCAUCUGUUGACUGCAAGUUCAAAGAUUAUGGACAAAGAUUUGAGGCUGGAGAUGUGAUUACAACAUGUGUGAACUUUGACGUCUCACCGAUAAGCAUCUCCUAUGCUAAAAAUGGGGAAGAUCUUGGUGAAGCAUUUACGAUUGAGCCAGCAGAGUUAGGCGAUCAUGCUCUUUUCCCGCACAUCCUGUGUAAGAACUCUGCUGUCGAUGUCAACUUUGGGCAAAAGGAGGAGCCAUUCUUCCCAUUACCAGAGGGAUUCAAGUUCAUCCAGGAUAUUCCUUUGGAGGAUAGAGUGAGAGCCACAGCUGGCCCUGAAAAUAAAUCGGACUGCACCUUUUUAAUGAUGUGCGGCUUGCCUGGAUCUGGGAAAUCUUACUGGGUAGAGCAGUACUUGAAAGAGCAGAAGGAGACAAAGUGGACAGUGCUUGGCACUAACACCAUCAUCGAUAAAAUGAGGGUUAAUGGUCUGCCGAGGAAACGCAACUACCAUGGUCGCUGGGAGGCUCUCAUUGAUGCAUCUACCAAGUGUUUGAACAAGCUCCUUGAGCUUGCACAGAGAGAGCGACGCAACUACAUUCUGGAUCAGACCAAUGUUUACGCAUCAGCCCAGCGGAGAAAAAUGCGACCAUUUGAAGGGUUCAAGCGGAAAGCUAUUGUCAUUGUUCCUGACGACGAGGAGUUUAAGAGACGUAUCAUAAAGAGGACAAAGGACGAGGGCAAGGAAGUACCCGAUUCAGCGGUGCUUGAGAUGAAAGCAAACUUCACACUGCCGGAGACGGGCGGGUUUUUCGACGAGAUAGAGUUCACAGAACUGGAAAAGGACGAGGUAGUGAAGCUGGUAAACAAGUACCGUGACGAAGGCAAGGCGGCCCUUCCUCCCGACCAUAAACGUGGAAGGUUCUCUGAUAGAGACCGAGGCUUCUCCGGUAAUCGUGAUACGCGUGGAGGUUUCCGUGGCAGGGACGACUUCAGAGGUCGCGGUGGAAUGAGAGGAGGAUCCGGCAUGUUCCGCGGUGGGCGAGGAGGAUUCAACGACCGCGGCAAUGAAUACAGGGGAAGCCCUCGCGGAGGUGGGGGGUUCCGGGGAGGUUUCCGUGGCAGCAGUCGUGGAAGCUCCGACACGCGCCGAGACCGACCAGUAUCCAACUGGAAGAGUGAUUCAAGCUCGUCAUACGGUAGUCGUGGCAACAACAGCAGAGAUAGUUACCAAUCCCCAUACUCGUCUAGAGGGUGGCAAGCAAAACAGCCGUCACAACAGUCCGGUCAGUCAAGCUGGGGAAGUGGAUAUGGUCAGGGUUCAUACGGCCAUCAAGGAUAUGGUCAGAGCUAUGGCAGCCAGGGCUAUGGCCAGAGUCAAGGAUAUGGGAGCUAUGGAUCACAGCCGAGCUAUGGUAGUGGGCACGGGUCUGGCUACGGGCAGCAGAGCCACCAAGCAUCCUCCUACACCACUCCCAGCAGUUACAGUUCAGGCGACUACUCACAGCAGUGGCAGCAGUACUAUGCACAACAGAAUUCCAGCCAGCAGUACCCGCAGCAGCAACCGCAGCAGCAGUCGUACUCUGGCUACUAUGGCUCUGGUAGUGGUUCUGGUAGCAGUAGUGGCUACGGCGGAUACAGUAGCUAUAAGUAGGCUUUAAUUAUCAGCUAUUGUAUUCAGUGGAAUUUUAGCAUUCUGUAGAUGAUGUGUGGAACUAGAGGUGUAACAUAGGAUGAGAGAGUGGAGUGUGGGUGUGUUUGUGACAUUACGAUGUUCAUUUUGACUGGUUGCUUUAACGUUGAUUCACUAAGAUAUAGAUAUUCCCAACUUCAAUAUGUCAUUAUUACAUGUAAUAUGUCAAACGUCUUGCGAAAUGGUAUAACAUGAUGUAGAAAAAAGGACAAGGACUAUAUUUACCCUUGCAAUACAUUUAAGUAAUUUUGAAAUGUUGAAGCUAAGCCUAAGUAAAGAAGUUCAGCAUUUGUGUGAUAUUUCUGUCAUUAUCCCUACAAAGUUGUCUAUUGUGCUGAGCAUGUACUGGGUACAUACAUAUUAUCAGGAGUUAAUAAAGACAAAAUUUUGUCUUUAUUAACUCCUGAUAUUAUGCUGUAAGUUUAUUGGUCGGCUAAGUGUUAAAAUUUUCUUUAAGUUGUUCCAGUGUAUGUUUGGAUAGGUGAGUUUCAUUGUAAUCUCUCACGAUAUUAUUGAUGUUUAUAUGUUUGUGUGUUCUGUAUAUCUGUCUCAAAAGUACGAGUAUUGGUUAUCCAAUGUAUACCAUUAAUUUCAGUCAGUGUAAGGUAAGUGUAUACAUACAUAGAGGAACCAUGUACUGUCAGUGAUUCUGUAUCAUGCUUCUGAAAUUUAAUCCUAUUUGUUUCUCACAUAGCAUACACUAUUCUGUCCUAGGUGUGAGGUCAGUUACAGUUUUAGUCAAGUGUUCAUCUCGUGUAACUGUUAAUUACUCAUUGAAGGUUGCAUUAAGUUUGCGUGGAAAAUUUUGUAAGGAAGUGUGCCCAAAAGAGGGGGCUAGUAAGUUUGAACCUAAAAUUGCAUUGAUUUUAUUAUUUAGCACUGAAUUCGUGUAUUUGUUUGUCGUAUGUACAUCUAUGUAAAAUCAGUACUUUUUGCAAAGAAUUUUGAAAUGUGUUCGAGUGAAAAAAAGUUUUUAAACACAUGUAGUAGGCGAAUGUUUGUCACUAUUGUCAAGUAUACCAUGUCCUAAAACAAAACUACUUUGAUACUUAGUUUUGAUUCUGUAAUUAGCACAAAUUGUAGUCUAAAAUAAAAUCGUCAUAAACCCCAUUA